AUGGAGGUGAAUCCAAUCAAUGCAUUCAAAUUCAUAGUUUCUUCUGGUUUUCGGAAGUAUGUUGUUGAUCUUCGUGCUAGGAGUUGUUCUUAUCAUGAGUUUGAUCUUGACUUGAUUCCUUGCCCUCAUGAUGUUGCCGCUAUAUUCAAGUCGAAGCAAUCUUGUAUUCCAUAUGUUUCUAGUUACUACAUUAUAAAGACCUUACGUGAGAUGUAUUUUGUUGAUGUGAAUCAUAUCCCACAUCAAGACGAGUGGGAUGUUCCUCUGAAUGUGAGGACAAAGGUCGUUGAUGUACCACAAAAUCCUAGACAGGCAUAG